GGUUCUAGUUUUACUGCUUUUAAAAUCUUAUUAAAUUCCAAGUUUGCUAAAAUACCUGUCCUCUGGAUUCAUCUGAAACAUUCACCGUUUCCUGUUCAAGGGAUCAUGGCUAAUUCCUUCACACAAUUUCUUCAAACAGUUAUCGCCCUGGAUGAAUUCGAACCAGAAGAACUCGCACUAUUCCUGUCCCUCCAUCACGAUCAAAAAUCCCAGGAGAAAGAAAACAGAAAAAAGUUCAACCUUAAUGAUAUCAGCGAUGAGGACUGUAUUGCGUGGUUCAGAUUCCACCGCGAGGAUAUUGAUGAGUUGCGCAAGGAGCUUCACAUCCCGGAUGUUGUGCGCAGUGAAACAGGAUCCGUAUUUGAAGGAACCGAAGCUUUGUGCAUCCUUCUUCGUCGCCUAGCGUAUCCUUGUCGUUAUACGGACUUAACAACCAUAUUCCAUAGAUCCAUAGCGGAACUAUCCAUUGCCUUUCACUGGGCUAUUGAACACAUCUACAGCGAAUUUAUUCACCUCUUAACGACUCUUGAUUUAUGCUGGCUGACACGGCAGGACCUUGAGGAGUUCGCUGAGGCAGGGCGUUCCAAGGGAGCCCCCCUGGAGAAUGUUUGGGCAUAUAUCGAUGGUACGGUGCGACCAAUUUGCAAACCCUCGGAGGGGCAGCGAGUAGUUUGGAACGCACAUUACCGUAUGCAUAGCAUGGUAUUUCAGUCUGUUGUGGCCCCCAAUGGAAUGAUCGUGCAGAAUAUGCGUGGAAUGGGGAUUUGA